UUUUGAAAAUAUCAGAACGGAAGUGACGCUGUUACCCUUUAGCUGCAGUUGUUUUUCGGUUUAAGAAGCCUGAUAACACAAUAGUUGCUACUUAGUUAAGAAGUAGUUACGUUAUACGUGUAUUCAUUCAUUUUCUACAGAUGGACUGUUGCAUUGUUUCCGCGCUGUGGUGUUUAAUACCACUUUAUUUACUUAUUCACUUCCUGUUCUUCAUUUUCGGGGAUGCAGACUUCACUCUGCUGUGGGCCAGUCUGUUCGGCCACCGGCCAGAGAAGAAGCUGAAAGGGCUGGUGGUGUGGGUCACUGGAGCCUCUAGUGGUAUUGGAGAGGAGGUGGCCUACCAGCUAGCAAAGUGUGGGUCACGUCUCAUCCUGUCUGCUCGACGCGAGGAUGAGUUAAACAGGGUGAAACGUUGCUGUUUGGAGCGCCACGGCCUCCAGGAUGAAGAUAUUCUUGUUCUUCCACUUGAUUUGUUGGAGAGGACAUCACAUGAGGAAAAAACAAAGACUGUGAUCAAGUACUUUGGACAUAUUGAUAUCCUCAUCAACAAUGGCGGCCGAACCCAGCGAUCUCUGUGCGUGGAGACCAGCCUUGAUGUGUAUCAGGCCUUGAUAGAGCUCAACUACCUGGGCACGGUAUCCCUCACCAAGCAGGUGCUGCCUUACAUGACGCAGAAAGGCACUGGGAGCAUUGUGACCGUCAACAGCAUAUCUGGCCUAGCUGGGACACCGCUUGCAACAGGAUACUCUGCCAGCAAACAUGCUCUUCAGGGUUUCUUUAAUUCCCUUCGGACGGAGCUGGCUGACUUUCCAAACAUACUCAUCAGCAGUGUGUGUCCAGGGCCUGUACAAUCAGAAAUUGUCCACAAUGCUUUCACAGAGGAACUGAACAAGUCUGUGGCUGUAACUGGUAAUCAGGAGCACAAGAUGUCAACAAGUCGCUGUGUCCAUUUAAUGCUGGUGGGAAUUUCCAACGGCGUUAAGGAAAUGUGGAUCACACAUCAACCCUUCCUAACGUUUUGCUACAUGUGGCAGUACACUCCCACCAUUGCCUGGUUCAUCACAAACCUGUUGGGCAGAAAACGGGUGCAGAAUUUCAAAGCUGGCUUGGAUGCAGACUCUUCAUACUUCAGGAAGCCUAAGAACUACUGAACCUGACCCUGAAGAGGAAACACGUUUACUGCACUCCUAAUGUUCGAUCGGAAAAGUGAUGGAGUUUUUUUUCUGCAAAAUUUUGGGGUCUUUGCCUUCAUCUGGAAUAAAAACACUGAGGGACACAACUGCUUUAACAGCUCAGAGCUCUGUUCCUAACACAUGGCGGAUUUUAACAGGAAUGGGUACUCUCUUUUAUUUUAUUAUGCUUUCAUCUCAAAUCUUGUAACUUGUAACUUCUGGUCGAGAGCCUAUGUAUAUUUGUAACAAGAAUGGUGGAUUUUAUGUAGGAAUGAAGCAUUUGUACCAACUAAUAAAAUAUAUCUUGUAAACACGA